AUGGUUGAACAGUACGAGAACACACUUGGCAGUUGUUUGGAGAUACAAAACGCUACAGGUUCCACAGCUCUUCGCCAAGCAGUACUGCAGGGGAAUGUGGAUGUUGUGAAAGAGUUGGUGCCGUUUAUGAGAAAAGAAGGUCUAGAAAUACAAGACGCGGAUGGAGACACACCUAUCAACUGUGCACUAUUAAGUGGGAAUGUGGGUAUUGCCAAGGAGUUAGUACAAUCCAUGAGACAAGAAGAGGCUUUGGAAGACAAAGAUGCUCAAGGUGUUACAGCUUUAAAUUGGGCAAUCCAAUGUUUCAAGGAUGGAGACGUUUACGAAAUAGCUAAAAAGAUGGCUGGAAUAAAUGAUCAAGUACUUGGCAUUCCCUCGGGUCGCGAUGAUGGUAUUCCCGUUGUCAACGCACUUCGUUGGAAAAAAUGGGAAUCGGUUCGCUAUCUCUAUUCAGUCACUCCACCUGAACUUCUCAACGGACCCAAUGGCAGUGCCUUUAUUUGCUAUUGUUUAGAUAAUAGCAAACAGAAUGAUUUGGCUUGGGACUUGCUUCGCCAUUACCCAUACUUGGCUAUGACUAUGCACGAAAAGCUUAAAACUUCUCCUAUGUUGAAAUUGUCUCGCAUGAGAUAUGCCUUCUUAAGCGGAAGCCAACUGACGCGCUGGCAAAGAUGGAUUUAUAACCGUGAGUAUAGCUAACUUUAUCCAUUUUCUUUUGCCUAGUUUUUUUUCUUUUGUUUCUUUUUGUUUUUGUUUUUUUUUAACAAAGCAGAGUGUCAAUGUAUUGAUAUAGUAAAAAGUUACAUAAAAAUAGCUCACUCCUAAACGGUUACGACAAAAUUGAGUCAUCGGCAAAGAGCUAUAGAUGGUCUAAGAACCAAGAUAACAAUACAGAUUAAG